CCUUGGUGGAUGCACUUCCGGCAGCGGUUGUUCGAGCGGCCGAAGCAAGAUGGGUCAGAGUCAGAGUGGUGGUCAUGGCCCUGGAGGUGGCAAGAAGGAUGACAAGGACAAGAAAAAGAAAUAUGAACCUCCUGUACCAACUAGAGUGGGGAAAAAGAAGAAGAAAACAAAGGGACCAGAUGCUGCCAGCAAACUGCCACUGGUGACACCUCACACUCAGUGCCGGUUAAAAUUAUUGAAGUUAGAGAGAAUUAAAGACUAUCUUCUCAUGGAGGAAGAAUUCAUUAGAAAUCAGGAACAAAUGAAGCCUUUAGAAGAAAAGCAAGAGGAGGAAAGAUCUAAGGUGGAUGAUCUGAGGGGGACCCCAAUGUCAGUAGGAACCUUGGAAGAGAUCAUUGAUGACAAUCAUGCCAUCGUGUCUACAUCUGUGGGCUCAGAACACUACGUCAGCAUUCUUUCCUUUGUAGACAAGGAUCUGCUGGAACCAGGCUGCUCUGUCCUGCUCAACCACAAGGUGCAUGCUGUCAUAGGGGUGCUCAUGGAUGACACGGAUCCCUUGGUCACAGUGAUGAAGGUAGAAAAGGCGCCCCAGGAAACCUAUGCUGAUAUUGGGGGGUUGGACAACCAAAUCCAGGAAAUUAAGGAAUCUGUGGAGCUUCCUCUCACUCAUCCUGAAUAUUAUGAAGAGAUGGGUAUAAAGCCCCCAAAAGGGGUCAUUCUCUAUGGUCCACCUGGCACAGGUAAAACCUUAUUAGCCAAAGCAGUAGCAAACCAAACCUCAGCCACUUUCUUGAGAGUGGUUGGCUCUGAACUUAUUCAGAAGUACCUAGGUGACGGGCCCAAACUCGUUCGGGAAUUGUUUCGAGUUGCGGAAGAACACGCACCAUCCAUCGUGUUUAUUGAUGAAAUUGAUGCCAUUGGGACAAAGAGAUAUGACUCAAAUUCUGGUGGUGAGAGAGAAAUUCAGCGAACAAUGUUGGAACUGCUGAACCAGUUGGAUGGAUUUGAUUCAAGGGGUGACGUGAAAGUUAUUAUGGCCACAAACCGAAUAGAGACUUUGGAUCCGGCCCUUAUCAGACCAGGUCGCAUUGACAGGAAAAUUGAGUUCCCCCUACCCGAUGAAAAGACUAAAAAGCGCAUCUUUCAGAUCCACACAAGCAGGAUGACGCUGGCCGAUGAUGUGACCCUGGAUGACUUGAUCAUGGCUAAAGAUGACCUCUCCGGUGCCGACAUCAAGGCAAUCUGUACAGAAGCUGGUCUGAUGGCCUUGAGAGAACGUAGAAUGAAAGUAACAAAUGAAGACUUCAAGAAAUCUAAAGAAAAUGUUCUUUAUAAAAAACAAGAAGGCACCCCUGAGGGACUGUAUCUCUAGCGGACCACAGCUGCCUUCAAGGAAAUGAUUGGGGUUGUCCCGACCCCUUGAAGGGAUGGGAGGUUGGGGAAGUUGCCCAGAGGAACCCAUGUUCCAGCUGAUCUUUCUUAUUAGCAAAACCUCCUGUGUACCUUUUUGAGUGUGAUGUGUAGCAUGCCCCCGAGGCUGCCUUCAUCUGUUGGUCACGUGCAGUGCUCUGUCCCUAAUAAAGCGUGCUCCUUCUCAAACUCCUGUUUCUGGAGCCUCCACGCCUGGCGCUCAGCAGCAACAAGCAGGUGGACCUGGGCAUAGGGAGGCUUCUGGGAGGUGACAGGGAGUGCAGACUUCCAACACCUCUUGCCCUGCCUCACACGCCCAGAGCCGGUGGCAGAGCUGGACAGCAGCUAGUGGGAAAGCA